CGGAAGUGGCUGCAGGCUUCAACCAACUUUCCGCUUCAGAUGUGUUUCUAAAGAGCACAAACGCGCGAAGCAAAAGAUCAGGACGUCUUCAAAUCUUAGUAUUUGCUCUAAAACGGCAAUUAAUUACAAUGACUCAGGCUGAGAAAGAGCAGGACAACGGGAAAGAGAAAGAGAAGGAGCGAGAGAAGGAGAAAGAGAAAGAGCAGCAGCGUGGCGUGAAAAGACCCAUCAUCCCUGCAACCAUCCCUGAACCUCAGCAGGAGCAAAUACAGAGCAAUUUCGUGGUUGUGAUCCACCCUGGUUCAAGAACGCUCCGCAUUGGCCGCGCAACAGACAAUCUUCCAAUUGCGGUCCCUCAUGUGAUUGCUCGCAGACAUAAGCAAAGUGGACAACCGAGAUAUGAAGACCCGUGGCUGCUGAGAGAAGGCUUAAAUAAACCAGAGAGUAAUGAACAGAGGCAGAACGGGCUGAAGAUGGUGGACCAGGCCAUCUGGUCAAAGAAGAUGUCAAACGGUGUGCGAAGGACUCCAGUGUCUGCCGAACAGGCAAGAGCAUAUAACUGUCAGAUCCGUCCAGCCGUACUAGACAGCAGCUCCAGGGUAAAGUGGACAAACACAGUCCAUCAUCCUCCUUAUCUGGUGGGAGAGGAGGCUGUUUACGUGAAUCCAUCGGACUGUUACAACAUCCACUGGCCUAUGGUUAGAGGGCAGCUCAACGUGCAUUCUGGUCCCGGAGGCUCUCUGACCGCAGUCUUGGCGGAUCUUGAGACGAUCUGGGGUCACGUUAUUCAGAAGCACCUGGAGAUUCCCCUGAAAGAUUUGAAGUAUUACAGAUGCAUUCUGUUGGUUCCUGACAUCUCCAACAGACAGCACAUCAAGGAAGUUGUAAACAUGCUGCUGCUUAAUAUGGGCUUUUCAGCAAUCAUUGUGCACCAGGAGUCGGUGUGCGCUACAUUUGGCAGUGGGUUAAGCAGCGCCUGUGUGGUGGAUGUUGGUGACCAAAAGACAAGUAUCUGCUGUGUUGAGGAUGGAGUAUCCCAUCGGAACUCCAGGUUGUGUUUGGCGUACGGCGGCUCCGAUGUGACCCGCGCUUUCUUCCAGCUCCUGCAGAGGGCAGGAUUUCCCUACAGAGACUGUCAGCUGUCCAACAGACUGGACUGUCAGCUGCUGCAGCAUCUGAAAGAAACCUUCUGCCAUCUAGAUCAGGACAUAUCAGGGUUACAAGAUCAUGAAUUUCAAACACGGUUGCCAGAAGCUCCAGCUCUACUGUAUCAGAUUAGACUUGGGGAUGAAAAAUUACAGGGACCCAUGGGCCUUUUCUACCCAGCCACAUUUGGCAUCGUGGGUCAGAAGAUGACAUCACUUCAGUACCGUUCCCAAGGCAACUCAGAGGAUCCUCACGAUGAACACUACCUGCUGGCUACGCAGAGCAAACAGGACCAGUCUUCCAAAUCAUCUGCAGACCGAAAGGCUGUUUCCAGACCAGGUGGAGGUUUGGAUGGUGACAUGAGCAGUCAAGGAGGGAUUGGGGAGAUGUCGAACCUGCCCCGGGGCUGUGGAGGGGGAGGUGGUGGCAGCGGAGGAGGAGCAGGAGGAGGAGGAGGAGGAGGAGGAGGAGGGGUACAGGGGGAGAUGGAGCUGGGCUCUGCCCAGGGAGAGUGUCUGAUGGGGGCGGGAGAGACAGAAGAGCCCAUGUCUAUCCACCUCUCCAGGAAAACUGCCAUCAUGAGCCAGUUCGAGAGCAAGGCAUUGGGGCUAGACAAGGCAAUCCUGCACAGCAUCGACUGCUGCGCAUCGGACGAAACCAAACGUAAAAUGUACAGCUCCAUCCUGGUUGUGGGAGGAGGACUCAUGUUUCCUGGUGCUCAGGAAUUUCUGCUUCAUCGCAUCAUCAACAAGAUGCCGCCAUCCUUCAGAAGACUGGUCGACAACGUGGAAGUUAUCACACGCCCAAAGGAUAUGGACCCCCAGCUGAUAAUGUGGAAGGGGGGAGCAGUACUGGCAUGCCUGGACACCACGCAGGAGAUGUGGAUCCACCAGAGGGAGUGGCACCGCUUUGGUGUUCGAAUGCUGCGGGAAAGAGCUGCCUUUGUCUGGUGAAGCAAAUUAAACGGAACAAUUCAAGGGGAGCAGCUGUGCUGUGAGUUCGUUAUAACCCAGAUGUGACCACCGUCGUCUAACUUUACAGCUUGUUGUCAUUAUGUAAAUAAUUCUGCACUUUGUUGUUGUUCAUGACUGUUUGAAACUGUAAAUAAACGAUGCUUAAUAAUUAUU